UUCAAAGAUGAUUCGAAGCGUGAUGAUUCGAAUUAUCAUCAUCGACAGAUCUCUUCUCGCUCUCCUCGUUGAGAUUAAAACGACAGACUCGUCGAGAUUGGGACGAUAACACGAUCGAGAGACGCUGAUUUUUUUUUUUUCUUUUUUAAUUCGUGCGCGCAUUCAUACGUGAGGUUUGUUAGUGCACGCUCGUGACUCGACUUUCGUGAAUUUUCCAGAGCAACCUGCAGAACGAAUUCCUUGUCUCGAAGCCAGGUAGACGGCGAACGCAUAGUCGCAAAACUUGCAAGAUCAUCGUCACGAGCUUCAAUGAACAAAACUAGAUAAAAAUAAAGGACGACAGUGUUGAAAGUAAAUAGACAACGUUCGCAUGCUAUGUACCAAUUGAUCUUCUCGUGACAAAUUGAUUCUUUUGCAAUGAGACGCGAAGAAUCACGAGGAGCCAUCAGGAAGAGAUGGUCGAACGCGUUCAAAAGAUCCUUAUCGAUCUUGUGAAAGAUCAGGCUCGACGACAAUGACUCGCAGCGACAGUUUAACGUCCUGUUGCCUCUUCAGAAGAAACGGACGAGUCACGGGACCGUGAUAGCGUCCCAUGGAAAUCUAACAAUGAAAGCGAAACCACCGGUUCCAAUUAUGUCCAUGGUCUGUCAUGUCGUGACGAUUCGGAGUAGGUGCACGGCUAUAUAUGCCAGGGACAAUGCUCGUAUCCUUCAGUUCCUUCAAAACCAAACUUCGUCUAUGACACGUCCUCGAAAAUUAGUUUGCUCUUCGCGUUUCACUUUAAGAUGUCGUUCAAUGUUCGAGACCUCGUCCUGUUGCUAUUAUCCUCGAUGGCAAUUGUCGGAGGCAGUCCGAAAUUCGACGACGGAGGGUUUGUACCGAGUUCCAUGAUAUAUUUGGAGAAGAAUGGAAAGUCCCAUGACCAGAUAGCCAUGCCCUCCGAACCGAAGCUGCGCAGCGAGACAUCGACGAGCCGGAGCGACGUGGACAAUAACGAUAUCACGGAUCGCAGCCAAGAAGCUCGAUUUGGAUUCACGAAUCUUGGUAGCACAGGAAGUGGUUACGGAGUAUCAACGUACGCUCCAGCGAAAAUAGACUUGGGAGGAUUAUUCCUGGGCGCUAUCAUAGGGAUAGGAUCCAUUCUCAUCAUACCUAAGCUGCUCUACGUCCUUUCUGGCACCUACGGCCAUUACGCAAGAAGCGAGGAGAGCGGUUUCACGCAGAUCGUGACGAAAAUGGACGACGUUCUGGCUCAUCACGGUAUCGACACGACAUCCUGCAUGCAACGCGCUGUCUGUACCUAUUCGCAGCAGGCCUCCUCGUCGAUGAAAGAGGCCAGCAAGUUGGACGACGACGAGAGGGUCUCGUCGUUCGACCGCGUAAUCGAUACAAUCACGACGAAUCAGAUUUUCCGAACAGCUAUGGAGGGAACCGCGAUACAGGAGGCGGUGGAAGCAGGCAGAGCCGGUCGAAACUGUUCGCGGACGUACCCACAUUGCGGAUUCUCCAUGGAAACUAUGAUGUCCCUGUUGUCGAACGUGAUCACCGCCGUCGCGGCGAUUAAUACAGGACUGACCACGGCGCCCACGGGGACUGGGACGUUGUAAUUGUAUCGACAAGGGUCGAAAUUUCUGUCUAAUGCAAACAGAGCAUCCUGUUUGAAACGAUUUUCAGACACUGGAUUGGAAGAAGAAAGAAAGAAAGAAAAAAAAGAAAAGGACAAAUUGCAACAGAUCUCGUUUCACGUUUAUUUGAUUUUACACACGUGCGAACCAAGAAAAGUGAAAUUGUUUCCCACGCAAAGAGUGCUGACGGGAGUCGUUGGUUCGCGCAGUUUAGCGUAUAUACUUUCCUUCGGCGUACACUCUUGUCAGUUUACACGAUCUUCGUGUAAGACAAAACAGGACCGUACGGAGUUACACGGCGUAACGAUUUCUUAUCUCUCAGUGUACAACUGAGUUGCUGCACACUGUAUCUAUCUCUAGAUACAAUAUCUUUCAGAGCGUAUAUAAAUAGAGUUCUUUUCUUCCAUUAAAAUAUACAUAUGUGACUCGCGUGCGAGGGUUUUGAUUCCUAAGACGAGAGAAUUAAUGUGAAUAUUCUAAAAUCACAAUAAUAAUGUUAGACAUUGAUAUCGAGCCGUCGAUAUAUAUUCGAAUUGGAACAUAACAAGCAUCGAGAGAAUUCUCGACGAGUUCAUUUGUUAAUUAGAUAGAUGCACUAUGAUACAAUUCACGUUACCAAAAUGCAAUUUCAUUUUUU